AUGGCACGCAAUGUGAGGGACGAGUCUCCCCGCAGGAGCUCAACGCUGGAACGGGGCCUGUCAGCCCCGGCCAUCCACCCGUCUUUUAUACAGGUGGCCAAUCCGUACAUAUUCGAACAGACAGUCGAGAACUGCAUUGAGGCGAUGGGCGUUAACCCCCUUCGUGAAACUUCAUUGCGUCUUCAGGGUGUAGCGUGGAUCGACAGUGUGCGGAGAGCUCUCAACCUUCCCAUUCGCACUUUUGAUACAGCAGUAGGAUAUUAUCACCGAUUUCGAUUGGUGCACCCAGACAAUGAGUAUAAUUUCACAGAUGCUGCAGCUGCUGCUUUAUUCACAGCAUGUAAGAUCGAAGAUACGCUCAAAAAGUCGCGAGACAUCGUCUGCGCAGCGUACAACUUGAAACUAGCUCCAUCAGAGCACUUAUCGGCUGACGAUCCCAUGUUUGAAUCUAAUGCGCGUGGCAUCAUUGGCCUUGAGCGGCUCAUGUUAGAGGCCUCGGGCUUUGACUUUCGAACUCGACAUCCCCAAAAGACCCUCAUGAAGCUAGGUCGGCAUUAUGGGCUAUUAAAAAACUCCGAAGUCUCCAAUCUUGCCUACCGCAUUUCGUCUGAUCUUUAUCGUACAUUUGCACCCAUCAAGCAAAACUCAUCAACAAUGGCAUUUAGCUGCCUUGAGCUUGCAGGGCGACUCUUGGACCAGCGCGUCGAACAAGUGGAAUCCGGGGUAGAUUAUGCGCAGUGGAGCACUAGCCGGGCUGAAAUCAUGGGCAACCAUAUAGAAACCCUCUUCGACCUUUUAGAGCUCUAUACCCACCACCGAUCACAAACCGCCGUCGGCUUGGAAUUCCCAGCAGACCGGUUCUUAACAGUCCGCAUCCCGCUCAACCAAGAAGCUAGCGAGCACAACAUCCCGCGCUACCACCCGUGGAUCGGCCAGCCACGCAAACAAUUGAAUGGUAGUGGCGCGAACGACCAAGAUCCUCCACGACCUGCUCAUCCCUUGACACCAAUUGCAGCGAACGGGGACCGCCAGAGGACAGGUGAACGAGGCCGCGACGCCGCCGUGCGAUUCAUGCUCGAUCCCGCAUGUGCGGAUGAGGAGAGACGACAGGUCGCAGCGUACUUCAAGGUUGAAAUGGAAGAAUAUGAAGUCGACGGAUAA